AUGUGCCAGGGCCCUUUAUGUGGGAUCUGCAUGGAAGGACUUGCUGAGUGUGCACUCCUGGUGGAGCAGCCUGCUGAGGGAAAGGUGCAGCCUAUAGCAGGCUCCUGCUGGAGAGGACACUGCUACCCCAUCAAGCUCCUAGAGGAGCAGCCUGCUGAGGGAAAGGUGCAGCCUGUAGCAGGCUCCUGCUGGAGAGGACACUGCUACCCCAUCAAGCUCCUGGAGGAGCAGCCUGCUGAGGGAAAGGUGCAGCCUGUAGCAGGCUCCUGCUGGAGAGGACACUGCUACCCCAUCAAGCUCCUAGAGGAGCAGCCUGCUGAGGGAAAGGUGCAGCCUGUAGCAGGCUCCUGCUGGAGAGGACACUGCUACCCCAUCAAGCUCCUGGAGGAGCAGCCUGCUGAGGGAAAGGUGUGGCCUGUAGCAGGCUCCUGCUGGAGAGGACACUGCUACCCCAUAAAGCUCCUGGUGGAGCAGCCUGCUGAGGGAAAGGUGCAGCCUGUAGCAGGCUCCUGCUGGAGAGGACACUGCUACCCCAUCAAGCUCCUAGAGGAGCAGCCUGCUGAGGGAAAGGUGCAGCCUGUAGCAGGCUCCUGCUGGAGAGGACACUGCUACCCCAUAAAGCUCCUGGUGGAGCAGCCUGCUGAGGGAAAGGUGCAGCCUAUAGCAGGCUCCUGCUGGAGAGGACACUGCUACCCCAUCAAGCUCCUAGAGGAGCAGCCUGCUGAGGGAAAGGUGCAGCCUGUAGCAGGCUCCUGCUGGAGAGGACACUGCUACCCCAUCAAGCUCCUGGAGGAGCAGCCUGCUGAGGGAAAGGUGCAGCCUGUAGCAGGCUCCUGCUGGAGAGGACACUGCUACCCCAUCAAGCUCCUAGAGGAGCAGCCUGCUGAGGGAAAGGUGUGGCCUGUAGCAGGCUCCUGCUGGAGAGGACACUGCUACCCCAUAAAGCUCCUGGUGGAGCAGCCUGCUGAGGGAAAGGUGUGGCCUGUAGCAGGCUCCUGCUGGAGAGGACACUGCUACCCCAUCAAGCUCCUGGUGGAGCAGCCUGCUGAGGGAAAGGUGUGGCCUGUAGCAGGCUCCUGCUGGAGAGGACACUGCUACCCCAUAAAGCUCCUGGUGGAGCAGCCUGCUGAGGGAAAGGUGUGGCCUGUUGCAGGCUCCUGCUGGAGAGGCCCUGGUGCCCUGUCAUGCUCUCGAUGGACUGGCCAUCACCGCCAUGCUGAGGGAAAGGCAUAG